AAGGUUUUGAUGCCAAUGAAUUAUUAUCUCAGAUGGCCGAGAAUGUUCCAAAAUCACUUGAAACUAUUGAAAUUCGAAUGGAUUAUGAUAAUCCAUGGAUAUUUAGUGCUGAUAGUUUAAGAAAAUUUUUUGAAGGGUGGUGUAAAGGAAGAGGAGGAAAUAAAAAAUUUAGGGUAUUACGUUUAGAACCUAUGGAACAACAGAUGGAACAAACAUCACGAUUGUUAUCAUUUAUCUCGAAAAUGAUGGGCAAUGAACAUUUUGAUGUUAUUGAAGAAUAUAGAAUUCAAUUUGAUUUGAAUAUAAAAAGAAUUCUGGCACUCAGAUUUCAUGAUGUUACAAAUAUUUUUGCUGUUACAAAAUACGAAAAACCUAUUUAUACACUUGAGCUUAAAUAUAGAGUUAAUGACAAAUACCUUUGUUGGUCUAUAAUGAUAUCGAAUUGGAUAAAUAAUGACAAAAAAGAAUUAUUGAUGCAAGAGGAUUCCAUAAUUAUAUGUAUAAUAUAUGGUGACAAUAAAAAUGACAAAGAGUCUGGGAAUAAAUAUCUUCAUCCACAAACAUGG